GAGUGCAAAGGAAGAUACAAGAAGACGGCAAACAAAGCCGAGGUGUACCAUGGAAAGAGACCCUCGCCCGGGAUGGGCUUGGAGGGUGACUUCCUGCGAGGUCAGUAUAUUUACAGUUUAGGUUAAGUAAAUUUUGUAUAUGUGAUGUUUUGACUUUUAGGCUGAGACAGCAGAGCCUCAUCUGUUGACGUCCAGCACUUGGUGCCACUAAGGAGCCAUGUCCCGGCCCACCACCGCCCCAAUAUGGGGUUUACACCUCUGGGUCCCCAUGUUGGUACUCUCUCAGGUGACGGCAGAUGGGCUGAACACCACGCAACGCAUUGGCGGGGGCUCCCAGUGUGGAGAAUACACCAGUCAGGUGAUGGAGGACGGCAUGUGUCGCCUGGUAGCCACGCUACCGCAGCUGGACGAGCAGCGCUGCCCCGACAUGUUCCGCUGCACGGACGAGGUUUCUUACUGGCUGCACGAGAACGAGGAGCGCAAACAGCAAGUGGCGGCGUUGAAAGAGACCAUCUCGGAGCUGCAGGAGGAGCUGAGGAACCACCGCCAUCGCAUCAAGGUUUUUGAGAUGCAGCGUGAUGACAGAAGCAAUUCCAACACCACCAUGGAGCAACGUUUCCAUGAGAUGGAGGAACACUACGCCGAGGCCAACAACUUGCUGCAUCUACAGGGGACGCUCAUCCUCAACCUGCAGAACCAAGUUCACAACCUCACCUUAUUGGUGGAUCAGGUGAAGAACAGUCCUGGGUGUUCCGUCAACAUCGUCCGGCCUAACCCACUCAUGAGUAGCCAGCAGGCCUUACACCCGGAUACUCAUCACAUGAGGAACUGUCCCAUCGACUGCGCCUCUAUUUACUACAACGGAGUGAGGAGAUCCGGCCUCUACACUGUGGUGCCAUCAUUUGCAGGCAUGCCUGUGGAGGUCUACUGUAAUAUGGACAUUGAUGGCGGUGGUUGGACGGUGAUCCAAAGGCGGCUCGACGGGUCCAUUAGCUUCGAUAGGAGCUGGCGGGAAUACCGGGCCGGUUUCGGAGACCUCCACUCAGAGUUUUGGCUUGGAAACGAUCAUAUCCAUGAGCUGAGCAGCCAGGGAGACUACAGCCUGCGUAUAAAUCUGGAGGACUGGAGCAACAAACAUAAGCAUGCACUCUAUCAGCACUUCAGUGUAGAAGAUGAGGAGCAUCACUACCGUCUCCACGUGUCGGGCUUCAGCGGCAGCGCACGGGAUUCUUUCGGCUGGUACCACGACAAGCGCGGCUUCAGCACGCCGGACAGCGGUGACAUCUGCGCAGAGAUCUCCCACGGCGGGUGGUGGUACGGACAGUGUUUCUACGCCAACCUCAACGGUGUUUACUACAGGGGCGGUCACUACACACCAAAGGGCAAAGGUCACCUGGGCCCAGACGAGAUCGUCUGGCACUCGUGGAGGGAUUCGGACUUUUACUCGCUACGGAAAGUUAGCAUGAUGAUACGACCGCGCAGCUUUAGGAACCGUUUAUCUCCGUGAAUGACUGUUACCGUGGCGACUGCUGGAGGAAGUGGAGAAACAAUGCAGGUGUAUGUAUAUUUAUGGACAUUUUUCAAGGUGGUGUAAUGUUUUUGUACGCUAAUUUUGUAUAUUUAGAUUUUAAAAAUGAGUUAACGCAUUUGCUGACAUUGACGGCGAUGGACGGCCAAUCCAUUAAUGGACUGGGCGUCGAUCGCCGUCAUGGCAGUGAACGAGUUCAUGACAGCUAAGCUAAGCCAACACAUUUCAUGUUUCAGUUCAAAGAAAUUGCAUUUCCAGUUGAUAUUUUACAGAUUGUCAUGUAAAUUCCAUUAAGUUUUGUUAGCUAGAGGCUAUCAAAUUAUUUUUUUAAAGUAAAUAUUUAAGUGAUACAAAUCACUUUUUGAAUUAAUGAAUUAAGUUGUCAAAAAUAAAUGUAUUAAUGUGCACCUGUAUAUUAAAUGUAC